CCGUACGUGUGAAGCAGCUAUUCCCUCAGAGUGUUCUAGAAGUACAGGUGCUCCGAGAUUCUGGGGGCAGUUUGUAGUAGAGGUGCUACUGCUACUGGAGAGCGUCGCCGUGGGAAUGAGACCCUUCCCUGUCCCCCUGCCAGCCGUAGCCCUUCUUCUCUUCACAGUGCCCACCUCCCUUUGCCGUCUGAAAUGCAAGGAGGGACACAGUGGGCCCACACACGAGUCCCUCCAGGAUGUGUUCGACAAGAAGUCCUUCCGACCUGCCGUCAAUCUCAGCAACCCGACCAUAAGCAACAUCUCCUUUACCCUCUACGCCAUCCUGGGUGUGAAUGAAAAGACCCAGAUUCUGACCACUUUUCUAUGGCUUCGGCUGUACUGGAUUCAUGAGUUUUUGGUGUGGGACCCAGGCGAGUGUGAGGGUGUGCAGAAGAUCUCACUUCCGGUCAGAGAGCUGUGGUCACCUGACAUCAUCGUCUACGAGUUUGUCGAUGAUGACGUCUCCCAACAGUGCCCAUAUGUCUACGUCAACCACACAGGCCACAUUCGCUAUGACAGGAUGCUCAGGCUCGUCAGUGCCUGCAACUUGGAGAUCUUCAACUUCCCCUUUGACAUCCAGAACUGCUCGCUGACCUUCGGCUCCUACAUGCAUACCAUCCGGGAUGUCCGAGUCAGUCCAGCCUUGUCAUUCGAGGAGAUGUCUGGGAACUCCAAGCAGUACCUGGAAGCCAGUGGCGAAUGGGAGCUGGUAGUCAUCCAAGGCAAGCCGGACAUUCUGAAGUUUGGCAUUGAUGAGUGGGACAUCAUCACAUUCUGGAUCGUGAUCAAGAGGCAGCCAGUGCUCUAUGUGGUGAACCUGCUCAUCCCCAGCUCCUUCCUCAUGAUCAUCGACAUCCUGUCCUUCUACCUGCCACCGCACAGCGUCGACCGUGCCUCCUUCAAGAUGACCCUCAUCCUGGGCUACACCGUCUUCCUGCUCAUCAUGAAUGACCUGCUGCCCAGCACGGCGAAUGGGACACCCCUCAUCGGUAUCUACUUCUCCGUGUGCUUGGCACUCAUGGUGAUCAGCCUGCUGGAGACUGUGAUCAUCACCAACAUCCUGCACUCCAUGAAAUGCCGUGACGUGCCCCGCUGGGUGCGGGUGCUGGUGCUGGGCUAUAUCGCACGCCUCAUCUGCUACUCCAAGCCCGACGAGCCACCCCCAGACACCCAGAACCACGAGGAUGCUGGGAGUAGCUAUGCCCACAGCAAGAACGGCGGCACCAGCAGAGAAGUGGCCCCAUUGCCCCUCAGCGUGCCCGAGCUGGUGCAGAUCUCCGCAGACCUGCACGAGAUGCGGACCCACCUGAGCAGCCUGCAGAAGGAGGACGCCCUGCACGAGCAGUGGCGUCACGUCGGCUACGUGCUGGACUUCCUGCUGUUCCGCAUCUACAUGCUCAUCAUCACUCUUUACGCUCUGGUCAUCAUCGUGAUGUGGUGCGUCUGGUACCGCCAGUAGGCCCAGCACCAUCACUCUGGGCACAGGGGAGUCAAGCAAAAGUCCCAGGUAGUAAAAAAAAUCACUGCUUAGCCGCCUCAUUAGGGAGAGUGAUCAAUAAAAAGUUGUUUGUUGC